AUGUCUGGAGAAGACUUUCAAAUAAAACCGGAGAAUAUUGCUCCAACAAAGGAUACGUCCCAAUGGCCUCUUUUGUUGAAAAAUUAUGACAAAUUACUUGUAAGAUCAGGUCAUUAUACGCCUAUCCCUGCGGGCGCAUCACCAAAUAGCAGAGAUCUUAAAUCGUAUGUUUCUUCUGGUGUCAUCAAUUUGGAUAAACCAUCCAACCCUUCUUCUCACGAAGUUGUUGCUUGGAUAAAGAGGAUUUUGAGGGUUGAAAAAACCGGGCAUUCAGGUACAUUGGAUCCAAAAGUUACUGGAUGUUUGAUUGUAUGUAUUGAUCGUGCAACAAGACUUGUUAAAUCCCAGCAAGGUGCUGGUAAGGAGUAUGUUUGUAUUGUCAGAUUACACGAUAAGCUAGAAGAUCCAAAGGAGUUGAAUAGGACUUUGGAAAACUUGACUGGUGCUUUGUUUCAGAGACCCCCAUUAAUUUCAGCUGUCAAGAGACAAUUGAGAGUUAGAACUGUUUACGAUUCCAAGUUGAUCGAGUUUGAUAACAAGAGGGGACUCGGUGUCUUUUGGGCAUCUUGUGAAGCAGGUACAUAUAUGAGAACGUUGUGUGUUCAUUUGGGUAUGUUAUUGGGUGUUGGUGGUCACAUGCAAGAGUUGCGUCGUGUUCGUUCGGGAGCCAUGAGUGAGAGCGAUAACUUGGUUACAUUGCAUGACGUUUUAGAUGCACAAUACGUAUACGAUAACACAAGAGAUGAAUCGUACUUGAGAAAAAUUAUACAACCUUUGGAAACUUUACUAGUUGGUUACAAGAGACUUGUGGUUAAAGAUUCUGCUGUAAAUUCCGUUUGUUAUGGUGCGAAAUUGAUGUUACCUGGUUUAUUAAGGUACGAAGAUGGUAUAGAAUUGUACGAUGAAGUCGUGUUAAUUACAACUAAAGGUGAAGCCAUCGCUAUUGGUAUUGCUCAAAUGACAACUGUUGACUUACAAGGAUGUGACCAUGGUGUUGUUGCCAAGGUCAAAAGGUGUAUAAUGGAAAGAGACACAUACCCCAGAAGAUGGGGUUUAGGACCAAUUGCUCAAAAGAAGAAACAGUUGAAAGCAGAUGGAAAAUUAGACAAAUUUGGUAGAGUUAAUGAAGAAACUCCAGAAUCAUGGAAAAAGGAGUAUAAAGACCUAGAUGAUGCACCUGCUCCAGCUGUCCCAGAAUCAAAAUUAGUUGCCCCUAGUCCACAAUUACCUAAGAAAGCAUUAAUUGAAGAAGUUGAUAUAAGUACAACAACCAAUGUAGAUAAAAAGGAGAAGAAGGAGAAGAAAGAAAAGAAAGAAAAGAAAGAAAAGAAAGAAAAGAAGGAUAAAAAGGAUAAAAAGGAUAAAAAGGACAAAAAGAGAAAAGUCGAGGGCGAUGAUGAUGAUGAUAUUAAGAGCGAAAAGAAAAAGUCAAAGAAGGAGUAA